AUGCCCUUCUUCAAGAGGAAGUCACCGAAUUCGAACUCGAACUCGAUUGUGAAUCCUGAGGGGAGCUCCCAUUCCAAUUCCUUUGCUCGUUCGGUGGAACAUCUCAUCCCCGCCUUUGCUGACGGUCGUUCUAUUCAACAACAAUCACAGCCUCAUCCACCACCCCUCACUCCUCCUAAUUACGAAGGUGGACACUUUCCAGUCCCCGAUCCUCGUUUCACAUCCGAAGUAUCGGGGCCACAGAGACAGUCACAGCCCGAAGUACAAUCUCAAAGCUCGUUGCACCGCUCUCAAAGCCAACGCCAGCCCCACCUGCAGCAACGCGACCGACCGACUGUGACUGUCGUCGCCCCUGACACUCAGCCUCAGCCUCGUCAAAAAAGAGGUCUAUUUGUGCGCCCUUCCUCGGGUAUUCUCGAUCGCAGCUCUAGUGUUUCCAUCAAGGGGAAGAUCUCUCAUCCCAUCUCCCAUCCCACCUCGCCGCAAGUGCCCUCCAACACUUCCGACGAACAGGUCGUCCACCACCACGAGGAUCACUCCCCUGCAACCCAUUCUUAUGAACCUCGAUCGACAUCGUUAGCGUAUCAACAGCAGCAGCAGCAGCAGAACCACCACCACCAGCAACACCUGCGACAAGCAUCGCGUGAACAAAACGAACGGUCGCCGCAGUCGCAAUACCCCUCGCAGCAAUUCCCCGCGCCGAUCGACCAGCCCUAUCCCCGGCCCCUUGUGCGCUCCAAUACUGAUCCAAACUUGCUGGGGAACUCCAGUCAGCUUUCCUUCUCCGAAUCCACCGACGAACCGCCCCAUCCCUUCGAGAGCCAUCGGGGCCAGCCCCAUCGUUCCCAGCAGGACCUGGUAUUGAAUGCCCGGCCCCCUUCCCGGCAAUCCUACGAGCCACUCUCCCCAAUCGUUUCGCAGACUCAUCCUGACGCCAUGCAGCAGGCUUCCGCGCAGGCACUACCACCAAUAUCCAACGAUCAGCCGUCGGGGAGUUCCAGUCGUCGCGGCAGUGCGACCGCCCAUAACAUGCCCGAUCAACCUGGCCGACAGACGCCGACCAGCAAUCGCCAACGCGCAGAUCCCGGAGAUCUUGAUUUUCAAGCUUUGCUGCAGAAGCAUGAAGAGCUACAGAGCAAAUACUCCAAGGUCAAACGUUACUACUUCGACAAAGAGGCUCAAGUCCAGCAUCUCCAGAACACAGUCGCGCACCAGCGCAUGGCCGUUUCUCGAACCGUACUAGACGACAAUGAAUACGCGAACCGGUUCCAGCGUCUGGAUGGAGCCAUCAAGGAUCUGGCAUUCUCGGUGCGGAAAGAUUGGCGCUCCGUUCCCCCAUGGCUGCACGGCCUCGUGACCGAUGAUGCCGUCGCGACCGGCACGAAAGAGAUGACUGCCAUGGGCCGAGCUGUGGUCAGCAAAUGGCUCGGGGAAGAGGUUUUCCACAAGUAUUUCCAUCCAGGAUUGGAUUCCACGCUCAGCGGGCAGCUGAAGAGCAUCGAGAUGAACCUGCGCCGUCAACAGCUGCGUCCAUGCACCGACGAAGAUCGAGAGAAUGCGAUCGCUCGACUUUCCAACUGGCGCCGCACGACCUUCGACGGUCUCGGCGAUGCAUUGUCCACCCCAGACGCUCAAGAGCACCGCGCGGAAUUGAUCGAGCACCUAAUUGCUGAGCUCGCCUCAUUCCUAAGCACACAGCUCCACGAACCCGCGCUGCCAGGCCUAGAAGCAGGCGUCCGGAUGAUCAUCGAGAACACCAUCAACAUCGCCGAGAAGAUCCCACUCGAGGCUCGCGACGUUUACGUGGAGUACCUACCAACCAAUAUAACCUUUGCCGACGCAUAUAUGAAGGUGGAGGGCCAAUUGCCACCACUGGCGCACCUACCGCCACCUCCAGCAGAACAGGAAUCAGAAGACCCCGCCGCAGUAGAGGAAGACUCGUCGCCUGCUUCAAACUCCACCGGAGCCGGCGAGGGCACAUCUCCAGCCCCGCGUGAGUCCAAGAAGAAAUCCGUCUUCGACGCUAUAAGAAACCGCAAAUCUGGCGGAGCCGACCACAGCCGAUCGGGAGCAUCCCAUCCACACGAAGAGAAGGUCGAACAGCCCGAAGUUGCGAUUCCGCCUCGGAUUCGAUUCUCUUCUUUCCUGACGGUCGAGGUGCGCGGCAAGGGCCAGGCGAUGGUCCUGGUGAAAGCGCCUGUGUGGCUGAUAGAGUGA